AUGGAAUCCGCACGCCGCUACAACGUCGAACGGUCCUGCCUGCGCUGCCACCAACGCAAGGUCCGCUGCGAUAAGAGCUCUCCAUGUGGGGCUUGUAUACGAGCGAAUGUGCUCUGUCAAUACCCCGGCCCCAAUCGCGUCAAGCGUCGGCCUCCAAAAGUACACAAUUCUGAUGUCAUCGCCCGACUGGAAUCACUUGAGCGCUCCAUCGCGGCUCUAGUUGGAACCCGAUCGCUGCCUCACCUUCAGCACGAAGUGACAGACGGACGGGCCGUUUCUGCACCAGAUGCGGGGUCCCCAUCUAGCAAAGAACCGUCUCCGACGGGCACAACUGCGGCGGCGGAGUCAUCGCACGACGGCCUUCUAGUUGAGGACGGCCGGUAUAUCAAUGAACAACUCUUGUCCCGAGUCUUGGAAGACGAGAAAGAGCUUCAAUCUGCCAUUGGGACGCCGAAGAGCGACACCAGCAGCUCCAGACGACCACUCACGCUCAGAGCGGAAGGUCUCCUUGUCAGUCGCUCUGUGGAGGAAGGACAUCUCUAUGCACUGCACCCGUGUCAGUGGCAAUCGACACAGCUCUGGCAAACCUUUUUGAAUCGCAUUGACCCGAUAAUCAAGAUACUUCACGUUCCGUCAACUCAGCCACGGGUAUUUGCAGCCAUUAACCAGCCGGCGGCCGCGCCUCCUGAUCUCCAUGCUUUGCUUUUUGCCAUCUUCUUUGCGGCCACAACAAGUGUGCUUGCCGAGGACCCAGCACAUGAACAGAGGCAAUCAGAAGUCAAGCGAUACCAGCAAGGGCUGGAACUGGCUCUCUAUCAGUCGAACUUUCUGGAUGCUCCCACCCUAACAUCGCUGCAAGCGAUGAGUAUUUACCAGAUGUGCCUACGUUAUUACAAUAGCGGACGUUCUGGAUGGACGAUGCGAGGGUUGGUAAUUCGGGCAGCACAGUCCAUUGGUCUCCACCGUGACGGGAGACACUUUAAGCUGACUCCGCUGGAAUGUGAGCUGCGCCGCCGACUCUGGUGGCACAUUUGUACAGCUGACAGUCGCGCGGUCGAGGAUCAUGGGGUUGGUGUCAAUAGCGGCGAAGAGGUCUACGACACCGCAUUUCCAGCAAAUAUCGAUGACCAGGACCUUUCUGCUACGGCGAUGGUGCCGCCGGAUUCCAAGGACUGCUGGACGGAGAUGACAGCAUCCCUGAUCACGACAGUAGUGAACGAAAAGCGCCUGGAAUUGCAUCGCACACUGACAACGAAAGUCACUGGAAAGGAUCCCGCUGAGAUAGUACGGGAAGCAAAAGAGCACGUAUACAAUACCUAUACAAAACAUGGCGACCCAAAUAUUCCGAUCCAGCGACACGGCAUGCUGCUAGGGGAGGUUCUAGUGCUAAAAAUGGAAAUGUACCUGAACCAGAAAGCUCUCCAGACAAAUAGCACCUCGAUACCGGUCGCUGAGCGCCGUGAAUUGCAGACCAAAACCCUGGACAUCUCCUGCCAAGCCCUCGAACGCACCAAUGAAAUGUUUACGGACGCGCUUCUCCGCGGAUAUCGCUGGCUCUCUUCUACAUUCAUGCCUUACUUUCUCCUCACGUACAUUCUGUGGCACCUUUGUGUGUAUCCACUGGGGGUGCACGUCGAACGCGCAUGGCGAGCAGUCAACUUGGUCUUUGACCUCACCGAGAAGGACCCGUUGUGGCCCAAUCCGGGGCCAAAGUGGGCAAUAAUUACUCGCUUGCGUGACAAGGCGUUGUAUAUUCGACAGAUGCAGGUGGCUGUGGAGCAGGCCGCAGGCUCGGUCGAUGAGACCCAACCGACAGGUACCAGCCAAGUGGAGGCGCCAAUGGUAGAGUCGUUCUUCGACUUUGUGAAUUGGGAUAUUGGCGUCCUUGGAUUCCCGGACUGGACUGGCUUAAUGCAGAGUGUCGACAUAACGGGCUUCGAGCAUUCGAUGGAUACUCAAAUUUGA